AUGUGUGCUGGAACUAUUUCGUUAGAUACAACAACUGAUAGCGAGACGAUAUUUGGGAGUUACUUAGAGCCCUCGAUUGACAUUCUUAAACGUCUACAUAGAGUCAGAGGUGAGGUUCGUCAUGAUAUAGAAAUGGAAGAGCCAGUUGCCGAAAGUAAUAGACAAAUGGUACAAAGAACACCAUCACCAACACAAACAACAACAGAGGUACUUAAAAGAUCAGGAAGAAUAAGAACUCCAAGAAAGAGAGACAUUUAUGAAGCACCUGAAAGAUCAAGAAAAAGAACAACAAAAUCACAAACAACAAAAUCACAAACAACAAAAUCAAAACCAAAAUCAACAAGAACAAGAAUGACAAUUAGAGCAGAUGCAGGUGGAGUUGAAAUGACAGCGUCAGGUACUGAAACAGAAGGUGCUACAGCUGAAAACAUACGCCCUAUUAGUACAAUUUCUCAAGCAACUAAUAGAGAAUAUGCAGAUGCAGUUGAAGUGACAGCGUCAGUUCCAGAAGGUGCUGCUGAAAAUAUUCGCCCAACUCCUACGCUUGUUAGUAAUGAGAUGUUGUAUGAUCAAGGAAGAGUCCUUCAAGAAAUCCUUCAAGAUCAAGGAAGAGUCCUUCAAGGAAUCCUUCAAGAUCAAGGAAGAGUCCUUCAAGGAACCCUUCAAGGAAUCCUUGAAGCAAUAAACAGAUUAAAUAACACAAUGACUCACUAA